UUGAGAUAUACCUUGCCCUAAUACGGGACGGGGUAACAACAAACAAACCCCAUGAUAUUUCUCAUCAGGGAAUCAGGGCCAGCAUGUGGUUCUCGAUAUGACACAGGGUCUUGAAGGACACAUUAUCACUUGUAACAACUUUUUCACCUCCUAUGUCCUUGGGCAGAGGCUGCUUAAGAGGAAGAUGGCCAUGGUGGGAACCAUAAGAAAGAACAACCCAGAGCUUCCCUCUGCACUGACGGAGAUAAGAGACAGGGUCAAUUUGUCCUCCAAGUUUGCGUUUACUGACACUCAUGCUCUUGUCUCCUACUGCACCAAAAAGAACAAGAACAUUCUUCUCAUGAGCACGCUGCAUAGGGACAGUAAAGUUAGCCGCACAGAGGCCAAAAAGCCCCAGAUCAUUCUCGACUACAACAAGAACAAGGGGGGGGUCGACAACCUGGACAAGAUCACCAGUGUUUACAGUUGUAAACGAAUGACAGCCCGUUGGUCCAUGAUGCUGUUUUUCAACAUGAUUGAUGUGUCUGCGUACAACUCCUUUGUACUGUGGGGAGAGAUAAACCCAAGCUGGAAUCAGGGAAAGUACCAAAAGAGGAGGCUGUUCCUUCAGGAACUUGGAAGAGAACUAGUGACACCUCUCAUAGAACGACGCCCGGUUCUUCCCCGCGUGCCAGCCUCUGCCAGCUUGGUCAAGGAAGUCCAGAAUGACGCAUCGACUUCUGCAGCUGGUCCCUUCCAACCAUCUGCUCCUCCUCCACCAUCACCAAGGAAGAGGUGCAAAUUCUGCACAAAUGACAACAAAACCAGCACCAGGUGCCAAAAUUGCAAGGCACAUAUUUGCAGAUCCCAUAGCAUCGUAAUCUGCCUCGCAUGCAAAUGAAGACAGACACACACACACACACACA